AUGACUAGCAGCACAGCAUGGGUGCAGCACGAGCGCGACGGUAAACAAGUCUUGACCAAGGAAGAAAUCCAGCUGCCAUCACGUGAAGCACACCAGAGUCUUGUAUCUGUACGAUAUGUAGCCCAGAAUCCUACCGAUAUCCAAACACUCGACAGCAACGCAUUUGGCGAAGGCACAGUCCUCGGCUGCGAUUUUGUCGGCACCGUUGAGGAGCCCGGCAAAGACGCAAAGAUACUUGGCAAAGGAGACGUGGUUGCAGGCUUGAUCUGGGGAGCAGAGAUCAAAGGGCUAGGAGCUUAUGGCAGUCACACUUUUGCUGAUGAUCGUAUCAGCUUCAAGGUUCCCGAGGGAGUCAAACUUGAAGAUGCGGCUACGGUGCCACUUGCCUCUUGCACUGCUUGGUUGGCCCUGUUUUCCAAGACCUGUUUGAAUAUUCCCAAACAGGAAGCAAAGACGAGUAUCUUGAUCUGGGGUGGAAGUUCGAGUGUCGGACAGUACGCCAUUCAAAUUGCUGCGCUUUACGGCUUCAACAUCAUCACCACUUGCAGCCCUCGAAACUUCGAUCUGGUCAAGAAACUCGGAGCCACUCAUGUGUUCGACUACAAUGACUCGAGCGUCGUCGACAACAUCAAGAAAGCUGCGCCAGAUCUCAGAUAUACAUUCGACACUAUCGGUCAAAAUGAUUCCUCGACACAGGCUUCUCACGCUAUCGCCGAUAAGGGUGGUGUUUUGUGCACUGUACGUCCCGGCAAGGCCAACACAGAGGGCGUUGCCAAGCAUGUAAAGAUUACAGAUGUGCUCGUUUGGACAGCAUUUCUCAAGGACCACCAGUACAAGGAGUUCCACUGGCUGGCUUCGGUUGAUGACCACGAACUCUCUGCUGAAUUGUUUGAGAAACUUCCCUCUUGGUUGGAGCAAGGCAAGAUCAAGCCUAACAAGGUCAAGUUGAUGGACCUUGACUCUAUCCACGAGGGCUUUGAUAUGCAUCGUCAGGGCAAGAUUUCGUCCUUCAAGAUUGUUUACAAGGUUUAG